AAUCUGUGUCGAGUGGAUGCGAUACUGUAGUGGUAGUACGCAAGAUGCGACCACAACGACGAUGACGAUGGCGUUGCCGACCUUUACGUUGCGGCAAGAUCACCACAGUCGCGAGUCUGUUUCUGAUGCGAGCAGGAGCAAGUCUCGGAACGGGUGUGUAAACGAACGCGCGCGCUCGCGCAAAUACACCAGUCGGAGUGCCAAGGUCUAGGUCUAGGUCAGAAUGUUUCUACUAUGGGCGUUGCCUGUGGUGUUGUAUCUGUUCUAUCGGUGGAGUGUCGCUACGUACGAUUACUUCGAGAAGCGCAACAUCCCGUACGUGAAGCCGGUUCCGUUUUUCGGUCAGGUGUGGUCAUUCUUUACACAGGAAAAGCAUGCCGUUGAUGUUGCCUCCGAAGGUUACUACAUGUUCCCGAACACACGCAUCUCGGGUGUGUUUACGCUGCGCACGCCAGCUUAUCUCGUGCACGAUCCGGUACUGUUCAAGGAAAUGGCUAUACGGGACUUCGAUCAUUUCACCGACCACGUAACAGAACUUUCGGUGGAGUGCGAUCCUUUGCUUGCCCGCUCAUUGUUCUUCGCCAAUGGAGCCCAGUGGCGCCAUCAUCGUACCGGAUUGAGUCCGGCCUUUACUGGCAGCAAAAUACGCAGUAUGUUCGGACUGCUGUCAAAGAGUGCCGGUGAUGCUAUGAACCGAUUGGUGGUGUUCUCACGUGGCAAACCGUUCACGAUGGAACUACGUGAUCUGUACUCAAAGCUGGGAAAUGACGCGAUGACAUCCAUUUCGUUCGGUGUCGAAGUGGACUCGCUAACCGAUCCAGAGAAUGAAUUCUUCCUGAAGGGGAAGCGCCUAGCGAAGGUGGAUGGACUUCCCGGGCUGAAGUUACUCAUGACCACGAUUCUGCCCGCUCUGUACAAAUUCCUGAGACUGGGCAUACUCUACAAGGAUGUGAACGAGUUCUACCUUGAAGCGGUCUCGACCAACAUUCGCUACCGCGAGAAGAACUCCAUCAAACGGCCAGAUUUCAUCCACCUGCUGCUGCAAGCCCGCAAGAACAAACUGAACACCGAACAAAUGGAGGAUGAUGAGUUCCAAAGUGCUGGAUUCUCCACGGCCGAAACACACACAGUGGAGUCCCAAAGAGAUGCCACGAACGAGACGCUCCAGUGGCAAGACAUCGACAUAACGGCGGCAGCUGCUUCCUUCUUCUUUGGCGGUAUCGAAACCACAACGACGCUGCUCUGUUUCGCCAGUUACGAGUUAGCUGUUAACCCAACCAUUCAGGCGCGUCUACGAACCGAAAUUGAUAAUGCACGCGCGGAGCUAGUGGAUGGCAAGACACCAACCUACGAGAUAUUGCAGAAAAUGAAGUAUCUAGAUAUGGUUGUCUCGGAAACACUGCGUCGUUGGACACCGUUCGGACUUACCAAUCGGCGUUGCACUAAAGAUUACACGUUCACCAACACGGAUGGCACGCAGGUGACGAUCGAAAAAGGCUUGAACAUAUCUAUCCCACUGAAAUCCUUCCAUCUGGAUGAAAAGUUCUUUACGGAUCCACUCCGUUUCGAUCCGGAACGAUUUUCCAACCCAAACAACAUCAACCAGGACGCGUAUUUGCCGUUUGGAACGGGUUUGCGGAACUGCAUUGGGUCCCGGUUAGCUUUGAUGCAGGCCAAAUGUUUCCUGUUCUACAUGCUGUCCAAUUUCAUCGUUGAACUCGGUACGAAACUAACCAUCCCGCUUGUGCUCGACGAAACAUCGGCCGGUCUCAACGCGAAACAUGGCUUCUGGAUGAACCUGGUACCGCGAUACGUUUAGACGAGCCUUCAAGGCAAUGUGAUAAGAUAACGACCAUGCGUUGCGACCGAAAGAUAUGUACCAAGUGGCUUUGUAAGUGUUUGUGCGUGAUGCAAAAGUGGUGCAAUGUUUUUGUCAAAAUCUCGGGGAUAUCCCAAUACAAUCCUGUGUCAUAAAACGUUCCUUUUCUAUCGUACACUGUUAAGCACGAAGCGAAUGAAACUGUUGUUCGUUUGAUACGAAAUAUCUAAUAAAAGCAAUGCUACUGUUAGAACGAAAGAA